CGCUGCCGCACCGGCUGAGGCACUGUGCGCAUCUCUCUCUUUCUGUCUGUCUGUCUGCGUGUGGUUCGACCACCGAAACAACGCUCCUUUCUUUCUCUCCCUCUCUCUCUCUCGCUUUCUUUCUCACUCGCUCUCUCGCGUUUUCCAUUCCUUAUUUCUUCUGCUCUUUCCCCGAUGUGCGCUAAGAACGGGCCGCGUGCAACAGUCGACUCGGCGCGAGCCGCGGUACCCGAGCUGCUGCCACCAGGAGGCGGCAGCGGCUGAGCGGCGGCGGCGGCGGCAGCGGCGGCGAAGCAACAAUCACCGGAGCGCCGGGGGCCACGUCAGUGCGCGGGCGCGCGCUCGACACCCACAGUAAGCUGCAACGACGACGACUGCGAGGAAGAGGAGCUGGCGGCGCGCAGGACGAGAGCUGGCUGCGAGCGGGAUGCGUCUCUGUCGCGGUCGCUUCGCCCUUGUCGCUGAGCAGCCUUGAGUGAGAAGCCAGUGCGCGACCAGGAGCUAACGAACGAAUCGAGCGACCGACGAGCGAACCUUGUGAGAUGACGGCCAAAUCGGGAGGCUGCUAAUCGACGUCUCUUCUCUCUCUCUCUCUCUCUCUCUCUCUCUCUCUCUCUCUCCUCUGUCUGUCCUGUCCUCUUUAUCUUUCUCUCUCUCUCCUUCUCUCUAUCUCUCUCUUUUUCUCUCGCUCUGUCUUUCCUAUCAUCGCGGCGACGGAAGUCGCAGGAGUCCGAGAGAUAUCCAUCGGUAGAGAGAGAUAUACUCGUUCUAUGAGCAGCUCGAUGCUCAGUAGUGGCAAGCGCGAGUGCAGCAGCAGCGGCAAGCAGGACGUGGUGGUGGCGACGACGCGAGAAAGUAGACGCACGACAGUCUGGCCUGGCCACGCCAAUCUGCAAACAUGCUUCGUUGCCGCUGCUGCCUACGCGGCUCUACUUCUCGUCGUGCUGCCCCAAGACGCGCACGGAGGGGCGUACGAGAGGGCGCUGCUAAACAAGCUGCUGUCCAACUACAACACGCUCGAGCGGCCUGUGGAGAACGAGAGCGAACCCCUGCAGGUCAAGUUCGGCAUCACCCUACAGCAGAUCAUCGAUGUGGACGAGAAGAAUCAGAUACUUACAACGAACGCCUGGCUCAAGCUGGAAUGGACCGACUACAACCUCCAGUGGAACGAGUCGGAGUACGGUGGCGUGAAGGAUUUGCGGAUAACGCCAAGCAAGCUGUGGAAGCCGGACGUGCUGAUGUACAACAGUGCGGAGGAGGGUUUCGACGGGACGUUCCAAACAAACGUGGUGGUCACGCAUAACGGCAGUUGCCUGUACGUCCCUCCGGGCAUCUUCAAGAGCACAUGCAAGAUAGACAUCGCUUGGUUCCCCUUUGACGACCAACACUGCGAAAUGAAGUUCGGAUCCUGGACCUACGACGGCAACCAGCUCGAUCUGGUGCUCAACUCCGAGGAGGGCGGCGACCUGUCCGACUUCAUCAUGAAUGGCGAGUGGUACCUCAUUGGCAUGCCCGGCAAGAAGAACACGAUAGUGUACCAGUGCUGCCCAGAGCCCUACGUCGACGUGACCUUCACCAUCCAGAUACGCAGGCGCACGCUCUACUACUUCUUCAACCUGAUCGUGCCGUGCGUGCUCAUCUCCAGCAUGGCGCUGCUCGGCUUCACCCUGCCACCGGACUCCGGCGAGAAGCUCACCCUAGGGGUGACCAUCCUACUGUCGCUCACGGUCUUCCUCAACCUCGUGGCCGAGAGCAUGCCGACGACCUCGGACGCCGUUCCUCUCAUAGGGGUGACCAUCUUGCUAUCGCUGACGGUGUUCCUGAACCUCGUUGCCGAGACCUUGCCCCAGGUCUCCGAUGCUAUACCCCUGUUAGGGACCUACUUCAACUGCAUCAUGUUCAUGGUGGCGAGCAGCGUCGUGCUCACGGUCCUCGUGCUCAACUAUCACCACCGCAAGCCCGACAACUACGAGAUGCCCAACUGGACGAAGGCGGUGUUCCUGCAAUGGCUGCCGUGGAUGCUGCGCAUGGACCGGCCGGGCAAGAAAAUCACGCGCAAGACCAUCCUCAUGACGAACCGCAUGAAGGAGCUGGAGCUGCAGGAGCGGAGCAGCAAGAGCCUGCUCGCCAAUGUGCUCGACAUCGACGACGACUUCCGACACAUCGGCAGCACGCAGCCAACCUCCACUUACAUGAGGUCGGUCUACGGGACGCCGCUGACGACGAGGCCGUCGACCGUGGAGGAGACGUCGGCGUCACUGCCGUUGAGCGGCACGCAGCGCGAGCUGCACACGAUCCUGAAGGAGCUGCAAUUCAUCACGAGCCGCAUGAAGAAGGCCGACCUGGAGUCGGAGAUAGUGAGCGACUGGAAGUUCGCCGCCAUGGUGGUGGACAGGUUCUGCCUGAUUGCGUUCACGCUGUUCACGGUGGUGGCCACGGUGGCGGUGCUCUUCUCCGCGCCCCACAUCAUCGUCCAGUAGUCCAGCGCCAGCCGCCACCACGAGGACCAUGGCCCCGGGACCGCCCGCCACGAUCUCACGGACCAAAAAGACGCCCGAGCGAGGAGGAGGAAGCGGCGGGCCGGGCUCGGCUGGACGACCACGAGGAGACGGCGCCGCGAUGUCCUUAGCGCCGGGGCCGAGCGGCGAGCGCAGCCGCGCCACGGGAGCAGAGCGCAGUAAUUCUCUGCACACGACCACGGCCUUCGCACUCAACUGCCAAUACAUCGAGGAAGACGUAGUCUAGUCGCAACGGGCGCGCACGCGCCAGGAGCCGCCGCGGCAGUCGCUCGAGCUCUCGCUCGCUCGUCAAUUAUAUCUUCGCAAGCGAGAGGCGGCGCACGCCGGGGCAGCCAGGUCAACAAGUAAUAACCAUAGAGGGCGAGAGCUCGAGCGCGAGGACGUCGUCGACUCGGCAUCUCGGUGUGCGUGUGUGCGUGUUUGUGUGUGUGUGUAUGCGUGUGUGUAUGCGUGCGUGCGUGCGCGCGCGUGUGACUUUUUCGGACCCUUCGCUCGCGCGGCGCCAACCUGUUGUCAUUCUGAUCCGCGCAGAGAGAGAGCAGCGUCCGCGCACAAAGCAAACCACCGAACAAAUGUAUAACCACGUUGCUGGAGUGAUACACUCUCGCGUGCAGAGUAUAUUAUAUAUACAUAUAUUACGUACGUAUAAAUAAUAUAAAUAUAAUAUAAAUCGCAGUAAAAAAGAUACAUCAAUAAAUCUAUUGAUAUAAACGAUUGUUUUAUAUAAAAAGAGAGCAAGAAAGGAGAAUGUUGUCGCGUCGAUGAUAAAUAAAACAAACUCAUUUAUAGGAGGCAAGGAUAUCUAGAUAUAUUGUAGCAUUAUUAUAUAUAACAUAUUAUUCAAUAAGAGAGAAGAGCAAGUACGUAAGUGCGCGAUAUACAUAUUAUACAUAUUCUUACUAUUACCGUUUAAGAAAAAGUCUAAACUAAAAACGAAAUGAAUAAAAACUCGAAGCGUUUAUACGUGUAAAGAUCCACCACCUAAAAUGCCUCCCGGGUUAUAUAUUAUUAUUAUUAUAAAUAUAUGAUAAACGUUAUGUUCAUAGUUGUAUAAAAAUGCGAGAAACGAGGAAUAUCCAGCAAACGGGCGACUCGCACGGUAAAUAAGAGCAGCUAAAAACUAUAGAUGUAUAGCGUACGCAUUAUCAUUUGUAUGCUCGCUCGGCUAUCGGAAGAGAGAAAAAUAAACGGAAAAUCGAAAGCAAGAUGUGCAAACCAAAAACAUAGAUUAUAGGCAAAACAAGAGAAACUCAUCAUCCUCGUCUGUUGAUAUUACCAUAGGAGAGUAUUGUAGCGAUUAGGGAUAUAAUGCAAGGCGUCGGCAGAGCGGCUGUAGGCGCGAGCCCGCGAGCGCGAAAACUUGACGAAUUUCUCAGGAAUCAGGAGCGAUCCUCUGUACGCCAAGUCAUUCAUUUCCCGACGGCCGAUGCACGCGAACCCACCCGUAAAUCCCGCGAGCGGUCGGCAGGGAGGGGGCGCGGGGAACAAAAGGCUUUAAGGCAGUCAGCCAGCAGCUCGUUAAUGGACGUCAGCUGCUCGAGAGCUCUUUUCUUUUGCUGGUCGUCGUUUCGAAAAUUUACUGGGUUUCGACGAAUUCGAGUCCGUAAAAGUUUUUCUUGACGUGCGCGUGUGCUUGCGUGCGUGUGCGUGUGCGUGCGUGCGUGUGUGUGCGAUAAUAAGCGCGCAGGUUCGCCGAUAUAUGCAUAUUGGUUUCUCUCCUAUUCUCCCGCGCUGGCCGUUCGACGACGCAGCUGCGGUUCUUCCAUUGCCCCCUCCUCGUCGAUGUCUUCGCGAAACUUUUUCAGCGGAGCGUCGAAAACGAACGCUCGCCCCUCCCGGCGCCGUUUCGCCGCCUUUUUUCCAUCGUCGCAUCCGCGAAAUAUAAUUUUGCACGGAGCUGGCGCUGAAAGCCCUCGAAAUAUUUUAUCAUAAUCUUCGAGCGCGAAACGCUGCAUCGACUCGCGCGCCUUUCAAGCGCCAUGAAAUCAGCGAACGUCAGUUGAAAUACUGGCGCGGAUAUAUAAUUGACAGAUUCCAGAUAUCGUAUUUACCCAAGUUACCUCGGCCUGUUCUGCACAGCGUUCCGAGACAAGCUUUUCGUGCGCCGCCAGGGGUUGUUUCGAUGUCGCGCGCACUUUGGCUGCUGCGCACCCGAAUCCGUAAAUUCAGUUUCGCUCGUCGAUGGCGACGAGAGCCGAGCCUCGUCUCGUGCACCCAUCGCGCGCAAUGAUCGCGUACACUUGCGAAACAACCGAUUGGUCAAUCGCGCGAGGGCACGUUAUAACGAUCUCCCCUCGCGCUUCCAACGCUGCACUUGCGCUUUAAUAAUAGCCAUAUGCAUACAUAUACAUAUACACGAUAACACUUAGCGCUCGUAGAGUUAAACAUAUGCGCGAUUGCGAUACCAAGAGGAAUAUAUGAGUAGUAAUAAGCGAAGGUGCAUUGUAAAAUAAACUGAAACCUCGAUAAAAAAUGAAAAUAUAAAUAAAAUAGAACGGAAUGGAGGAAAACAAAGAGGGACGCAGGCGAGAGUAUGGCAGAGAAUUUCGCAAGAGGCAACGUUAAAGCUGUUAACGUUUAUAGAUACGAAACAAAAAAACUGUUGAUAAAUAAUAAGGUUAACCAAUUAAAUAAUCAAUUACAUAACGAUGAAAAAAAAGAAACACAAAGGAAUUGAAUUAGGUUUACUCGGGCAACGCGUAUAGUCUGUCCCCAAUCUUCGUCUCUGUUCCUAUGUAAUGAAAUACGUAUAACGAUAUAUCGUUUUUCUCGUCACACCGAGGAAAGUCCUGGCAAUCAAUAUAUUGACACGCGUACAUUUUAAUAAACACGCUAUAUCAUAUUAUACUUUCGAUUAACUCCUAAAUAAAUAAAUAUAUAUUGUACUUGAAAUACACACAUCUCCGCGAUUGAGUUCAGCUGUAAAACUAAAAAAAGAAAAUACGUGCCAAAUACGUGUCUUCGUUAAAUUUAAUUGAGAGAAAAACAGUAAGAAAAACAAAUGGGAUGGAGGGCUCGCGAGAUUUUUUCCACGCUGCCGUCUACGGCGGUCGCCGAGUGACUGUCGUAUCCACGCACAUACGCCUCCGUUCGCACUUAAAAUACAAAUAAAAUGAGGAGAAAGGCAAGCCGCGAGGGUGACCUAGUCGACAAAUAAAAGAGCAGCGAAUGAGCGAGUGAGCUAGCGAGUAAAACGAACAAUUAUAAAAGAAGAAAACAGUUAAAGAAAUAAUAUAAAAUAAAUAGAAAUAAAAAGGGAGAGAAAAAAAGGAAAUAAAGAAGCAGAGUAUACACGCACAUACGCACAGAUCCUCGAGAAGUUCGAAACCAUUAUUUAAUCUCGCGCAUAUACACCAAUAAUAAGGGGGGAGGGGGGACGUUGUUGAGCCGCCACAUCGACAAGCGCGAUCCGUUUACGCGCGUAAUAAUAUUAGGGAGCGAGACUCGUGCGCGGGCGGGUUGGGUUAAUCGUACGGAUUAGAUAUCGGAGAGCCGCGCAAACAUGCACGCAAACUCGCUAGUAAGAAUUUCGCCCCAUUGUCCCGGCGCGCGCCGCGAGCGUUACACACGCACAGUCAAUAAACCGAUGGGGAAGUGUGGGCGAGAGACAGAGAGAGAGAGAGAGAGAGAGAGAGAGAGAGCGGGUCGGCCGAAGUGGAGAGGGUCGGCGCGCGGUCAGCCAGCGGCGCGGCUCUCGCCGGUGUGAUUGCGCGGCCGACGAAACACGUAGCUAGAAGUAUUUGUAAUAAACGACGCCGGCUCUAAUUCGACGUUCCGCGCACGACGACGAUGAUAUAUGAUCAACCUACAUGGUUUACACACACACACACACACGCACACACACACACACACACACACACACACACACACACACACACACACACACACACACACACUUUAAUGACUACCGAGAAUCAGGGGAGAGGGCAGGCGCGAACCCUACGUUAUUCCGUUGUGUGAAGAAUCCGCGUUGAGGAUCAAUUUUUCGAAUUUUAAAACUAAACAAUUUAACACGGGGAAUUAAGAUAAUCAACUUUUUGUAUUUGCGUAUGUUGAAUUAUACGAUGUGCGACGAAAGACGAUAAUAUAUAUUAUACAUAACAAAUAAAUCGAUUAAUAAAAAAAUAAACAGAAUAAAUGAACGAUUAAAUAAAUGAAUAUAUUAUAUAUAUAAAUAUAUAUUAUACAUAAAGAAAUUGUUACGUGCUGAUUGCAUGAGAGAAUAAAUGAAUUUAUGUAAUAAAAGGUGAAAGGAAGGUCGCGUUGUGAAUUUAAAGUGGCAUUAAUAAGAGGUGGCGCAAGUGCGAGAGUGCGAGCGAGAUAAUAGUGCAAAUACAAAGUAACGAGUCUUUGAAAUUGAUGACGAUUAAAUAAUAAAUUUGAGCGCGUGUGCGAGCGAAUGAGGCGUACCGGGCGAGUUUUCGAGGGGGACGCAUGCCGUACGCGAGCCCGAACAAAGAAAGCGAGGACGACGAGGGAAGGUGCAGUCCGAUGAGAAGUACGGACAGCGUAAAAAAAGAAUUUUAAUCGAUGCGAUGAAAAUGGGAGGCGGGUGGUCGUAGUAGUAGAAGCAGCACGCUCACGCGCACAGUAUUGGUUGGCAAGGCUGUGGGUACGUAAUUUUUCAUACGAAUUAGAGAGACUCUAAAUAAAACGAUAAUAGAAAUAUAUACGUAUAAAAUGAAAGGACGAUGAAGCCGCGGGAAGGUGUGAGUAUCAAUGAAAAAGAGGACUCGAGUGGGGAGAAACGAACAGAGAUGGCGUAUUAAAUUGAUAAAGCUUUAAAAAGUAUCUGACAAACAAAUCGAUCGCACACAUAUUUUCAGCUUCACGAAACGUCGUUCUCGUUAUAUAUAGCACGUCUGGCUGCGUCGCCACUGUUGCUGCUGGCGUCAAAUCAAUUCGCUACUUUUCUUUGAUUCGUCGAAGCGACGAGGAAAACUAACCUUUCGGCUAGCAGCCAGUCCGAGAAGAUUCGCGGCUCGGCACGCAACGCGCGCGCCCAUUGUUCGCGCAAAUUUCUCGGUGUCGCGCUCGGAAGAAAGAAAACAAGUAAAAUUGCAGUUGUCGCGCGCGCGGGCAGCUAUGACAUUUCGCAGCCGCAGCAGCAGCAGCAGCAGCAGCAGCGACGGCGCGGAUCCGCGGAGCGAGACAAAGCCAACCAACGCACCCGGGGCAGAAAGACGCUGCCAUUCGCUCGAGCGCUUUAGAUCGUAAGUAAUUAAACAAAGCAACCAUUCGCGCGGCUUGUAAAUAGACGGCGACGUUUCCGUUCCUGUCUUUUUCCGAGGUACACACGACAACACGCGUCAACAAAUAAUAGCUGCGUUGUAAACGCGCGCGCACACUUCGUAGCCGUAGGCUUACUCGUCGUAGCGUCACUUUUUCUCUAGUCCCAUUAGCUGCUACACAAACGAAACUCGACAACACUGACAAACUAAAAAGGGUAAAAACUCAACAAAAAAAUAACAACAACAAAACUAGACUAAACGAAACGAAACGAAAAAAAAGGGAAACAAGCAAAGGCACGCGACGCGGACGAUAGACGAUACUUAUUCAAGGGCCUAAGCUUCCAAUGCACCGAACCCUCCCUUGGCAUGGUGUUCUUGCGAACAUUACAAUUGGCAACAAUUCACUCGACACGUGCACAAACUUUUUCGUCUUAAGGAGUCUUUAAGCGACGGUAAACAGUCUGUACGACGAUCUCUAGCGAUAAUUCAUAUCCGGGUAGAUCCUUGGCUCGCUUUUAGUUUUAUGUGCCAAAACGAAAAACGCAAAGAAAAAGAAAAAAAAACAAAACAAAAAAGAAAAUAAGAAAAAAAAAUAAA